CUCCCGCCACCCUCCAAACAUGCACCUCCGUGAUCUUGAUUAAGCGAGGAGUCCGCAAUCACGCGGGGGAUUCUGUUUGAAUUAAAAUCUCCGUUGUUCCGUUCGUGGCGGACCUCUGGACUGAUUGGACAGCACGUGGUGGUGAUUUCCCCGAGAUCGAGAAGUUGGAGAAAGUGCGGUACCGCUCGAGUCCACUAUCAGUUGGCCGAAGAAGGCCGUGACUGUCGCGUGCGCCGUUCUUUUGUUUCCAGAGCACUCGGGAUUUGGAAAAUCGGACGGGUGUUUCCGCGAUAGGUCUAGGCCGCCAAAUUCGAAAGUUGUUCUUUGGAAUAGAGCUGAAGGAUUUUUUUCCAAGGAGAAAGACAUGAGUAAGACGAUGCAAAAUGGAACCGAGAAAGGCCCUCCGAAGGACAAGGCUGACGUGGACAUCAUCCAGAAGUGCAUAGGGGUAUUGGGGCGGUGGCAUAUCUGGGUGUGCCUUAUAAUUUUCCUGGUGAAGUUUCCGGUAGCCUGGCACCAGCUGAGCAUCGUUUUCGUGGCCCCUCCAGUCACCUUCACUUGUGCGGAGAAUAUUACCGACAAGUGCUCGUCGAAUUGCUCCAGUCACGUUUUCGAUACUUCUAUUUUCACCAACACGAUCGCUAUAGAAUGGGAUCUGGUGUGUCAGAAACAGUAUUUGGCAAAUUUGGCCCAAACUAUAACCAUGCUGGGAAUUCUAUUCGGAAAUAUGGUAUUUGGAUAUUUAUCAGACAGGUUUGGUAGGAGGAAUCCCCUGGUUCUUGCAGUAAUACUCCAAGCGGUUUCUGGUUUAGCAGCAGCCUUUUCACCUUGGUUUACCCUCUUCCUGAUAAUGAGAUUUCUGGCGGCUCUAGCAACAGGAGGGACCAUGGUGACUAGCUUUGUUUUAGUCAUGGAACUAGUAGGUACUGAAUGGAGGACAGUCUUGGGCAUUCUCUACCAAAUCCCGUUCAACCUAGGCCAUCUGAUUUUACCCCUCAUCUCCUAUUUCCUCCGCGACUGGAGGUACUUCCAAGCGGCAAUUUCAGCACCUUCCCUGUGCCUCGUAAUAUACUACUGGGUCCUUCCCGAGUCCCCCAGGUGGCAGCUAGCUGUGGGCAAGAAAGACGAGGCCGUCGCUGUCCUGAAGAAGGCUGCCAAACGCAACGAAUUGCCCACCGACACCAUAGAACAAGACGUGACGGAGUAUCUCGCCCACAAGGACCUCAAGGAAGUAGAACAAAGCAAGGGCAACAUCAUCGACUUGAUAAGGACGCCCAUAAUGCGCAUGUACACGAUUGCUAUCUGCUUUAACUGGACGGUGUGCGGUUUGUGCUUUUUCGGAGUGUCGCAAUUCAUCGGACAACUCGGAGGGAACAUCUUCGUCAACGUAGCCUUGUCGGCAGUUAUACAAAUCCCCAGCACUCUAUUCGCAUGUUGGUCCACCAAAGCUUGGGGCAGAAAGAAGACGUUGAUCGCGGGGAACGUGGUGUCCGGCGUAGCCAUGUUGCUGAUAGGUUUCGUACCCUCCGAUCCAGCUUGGAUCAAAUCCACUUUGUCCACCAUCGGCAUGUUUGGCCUGGCGCUUUCGUUUCCCACGGUGUACAUUUAUUCGGGGGAGCUGUUCCCCACCGUCGUACGCAACAUAGGGGUGGGUACGUCUUCUAUGUGUGCGAGGAUAGGCUCUAUGAUCGCACCCUUCGUAGCGACGUUAGUCACAGUGGAGCCCUGGAUUCCGCCGGUUAUUUUCGGGAUCGUGCCCCUCGUAGGAGCUUUGCUGUGCUAUAAACUGCCGGAGACUUUGGACUGCAAGCUGCCCGAUACCAUUGAGGAAGCCGAGCAAUUUGAAAUGCAGAAGAAGAAGAGCGGUGAGACUGAGAUGCAUUAAUGAUUUUGUUGACUAAAUUUUUGACGAGUAUAUUAAUUAAACUGCAAGUUACAUCGUAGGGAUGAUUACUUCCAUUUUUCAAUUUAAAAUGAUUUACCAUGGAAAAAAUAAUUGGUUUGAUAAUGGAUUAAUUAAACAAUGCAUAAAUCCCACGUCUUAAAAGCCAUUGCCAUAACAAAAUCAUAAAAAGGAAAAUUUUUAUACUUAGAGAUUGCAGAUGCGAUAUAUGUCGAUAAUAAUUGAUAUAUUACUAUACAAAUGUAUAUUAUUUUGUUAAAUAAAACAUCGUUUUUAUUUUA